GGGGUUGAGGAUGAGGAGGAGCUAGUAGCUGCAGAUGUUGACUGCAGCUUGUGGACUAAUGCUAGCUCAAGUUAGUCACAGACAUCAGAAGCACGGCACAUGUUGCAGCUUUCUUCACUGGAAAAAGGAACACGCAACAAAGAUUAUUCCAGCAGAGACGUACUCCUCGGAUUCAACAAUGGAUGUUUGAGACAGCCAGAGUCCUAGUCCUUCAGUGACCCUCCCACCUCCUUUUCUCUUUUGCUUGGUCCACACCUCUCCGUUCAUCUUGCCCAGUAUUUAAUCAUUCUACUCUUUCACCCCGUCUCAGUUUCUGGUGCUGCCAGGAGUCAGUCUGUCCUCUUUAUCCCUUCGCUGUCACUGUCCUGUUACCUUCCUCUAAGCUGAGGCGAAGUCUGUAAAUCCGUCACAAUGGUUGCUGAGGUAGACUCAGCGUCUCAGGGCAGCGGUGUGCGCCUGAAGCAGGAGAUUUCCCUCCUCCAUGGGGUCUGUCUUAUCGUUGGAAAUAUGAUCGGCUCUGGCAUCUUCGUCUCACCUAAGGGGGUUCUUAUGUAUACAGGCUCAUUUGGCCUGUCCCUGGUAGUGUGGGCCAUUGGAGGGAUAUUUUCUGUGUUUGGAGCGUUAUGCUAUGCUGAGCUGGGAACCACCAUCCGUAAAUCAGGAGCUUCCUACGCCUACAUCCUGGAGGCCUUCGGAGGCUUCUUGGCUUUUAUUCGACUUUGGACAUCAUUGUUGAUAGUAGAGCCAGCCUGUCAGGCAGUGAUAGCCCUGACCUUCUCCAACUACCUGGUCCAGCCUUUCUACCCCACCUGUUCAGCCCCAUACAACGCCGUCCGUCUCAUCGCUGCCGCCAUCAUAUGUCUGUUGACUUGUGUGAACUGCAUGAAAGUGAAAUGGGGUGCUAUUCUUCAGGUCAUCUCCACUGUAGCAAAGGUCAUGGCUCUCAUCGUCAUCAUCAUUACUGGCUUGGUUAAGCUGGCACAAGGUUUUGACCAGAAUUUCGAGGACUCAUUCAAAGGGUCCAAGCUAGACCCUGGUGACAUGGCCUUGGCCCUUUAUUCAGCACUGUACUCCUACUCAGGCUGGGACACGCUCAACUUUAUCACAGAGGAGAUCAAGAACCCAGAGAGGAAUCUGCCCUUAUCCAUCGCUAUUUCCAUGCCUAUUGUCACAGUGAUCUACAUCUUGACCAACAUAGCUUAUUACGUUGUCAUGGAUGCAGAUAAAGUGCUCAACAGUGAAGCUGUUGCCGUGACAUUUGCAGAUCAAACGCUGGGCUGGGCUCGCUGGCUGAUCCCUCUGUCUGUGGCUAUUUCCUGCUACGGAGGCCUCAACUCCUCCAUCAUCGCUGCCUCCAGGUUGUUUUUUGUUGGUUCCAGAGAAGGCCAACUACCUAAUGUCCUGUGCAUGAUCCACAUUAAGCGUUUCACUCCAAUCCCUGCCCUGCUUUUCAAUGGCGCCAUGUCUCUGUUCUACCUGUCGGUGCCUGACGUUUUCCAAUUGAUCAACUACUUCAGUUUUAACUACUGGUUGUUUAUCGGCUUGUCUAUAGCCAGCCAGAUCUACCUUCGCUUCAAAGCUCCUGAUCUGCAUCGACCUGUUAAGCUGUCAUUGUUCUUCCCAAUCGUUUACUGCUUGUGCAGCAUAUUCCUGGUCGUGGUGCCCCUCUACAGCGACACCAUCAACUCUCUGGUAGGAAUUGCUGUGGCACUGUCCGGUGUCCCAGUCUACUACUUUUUCAUCUACUUGCCACCCACCUCCAGACCAGCCUUCCUCGGAAAAAUAAUCGAUAAGAUCUCUCUUUGCACCCAAAAACUGUGCAUGUGCUGUGUGGCCUCGCCUGAUAUUGAUCUGGACAACAUAGACCCAGAAAAGAUCGAAUGACGGAGCAACAAAGGACUCUGAAGUACUGUAUUGAGAGAUGUGAAGAUGAUGAUGAAUGAGUGAAUGAGGGAAGCUGCAGACAAUCAGGAUUUGGAUGAGGAAGGCUUGAUUGAUUAAAGGAAGGGGGGAAACCACCUUCUCCUCCUCUCAAACAUGAGCCAUAUGAAUAACAGAGCAGGAUUUUACUUGGAGAGAAUUAAUUUUGUGCAUAAACCUUCAACAAAUACCACUGUACAGAUUAACUCUCAUGCACAUUCACAUGGUGGGACACGAUGCAGUGUUUGUCGGUUGUGCAGUUCCCUCCACACAUGCCCACACACUGUAACUUGCACACACACCUAAGCAGACAGAAACCCAGAGAGUGACACCACAACAACCCAGUCCAGAAAGAGUUGACUCAGCAGAUGAGGUGAUUCCUUCACAAACAGGAGGUAGUUACAAACAAUACACAUGAAAAAUGUCCGUUACAUGCCUUACAUGCGUUGUCUCACGUUAAUGAAUUGGGACCCUUUCUUAAAAUGGAAGCUUGCGACCCCUCGUCACAGGUCGGAAAUGUCACUCAACAUUGCAGAACCCAAGUUUGUAAUGGUUUUGAUGGGUUUGCAUUAACAUCAGAUCUGUAAUUUACUAGUGUGUGGCGCUCACAUAUAUAUAUAUAU